CACGAUUGCGUGCAAAUCAAUCAAUCUGUCCAGUGAGGCAGCGCGGACAGACGUGGGAAGCCGGGUCGCAACCGUCAUCGCGCAUGCAGGCCGGUAAAGUAAAAGCCACAGAAGACCCCGCCACUGCAUUUGAUUAUUGCGUGCUACUGCAUUUGUAGGAAACAAUUUUGUACACGUAAAAGCUAUGCUUUAGCGACCGUGAAGUAACAGCUGUGCAUCCUGGACGUCCAGCGACGCUGAGACUCGAAAGCGACGUAUCCUAUGUAUUUGCCUGACAAUGGCAGCAGAGAGAGCUCGACAGGCGCAGCAGCUUGAAGCGUUUGUAAACCAGAAUGCAGCUCGCCCCUGCACGCCAAGCACUGUGCUGAGGGAGGCACGCGUGCGCCAUGGCUACGACGUCAGCUACCUGCUGCGCGCCACAGCCCCGCCCUCCGGGCCCGCGUUGCCCCCCUCCCGCCGCUCGCCCUCGCGACACCAGUUCGGCAGGCUCAAUAUCGCUGCCGCGGCAGCCUCAGGCUGCAGCGGUUCCGGCCCUGCAGCCUCGGGAACAGGGCAUGCGGCCUUCGGACGAGAGGAGGAGGUGGAUGGCGAGGACCUCGAUGAGGCUGACCUGCGAAUGCUAGACGCCGGCUUUGCCGGCGAGGGCGACGGCUGGCGAGGCGAUCCGCGCCAGCGCCGCGGACCGCGCCUGCCUGCGACCAUCACCAUAAAGGCACCGGCGCCGCACCGCUUCGGCUCGGUGCUGCUGGCGCCGCCCGGCGCCCCGGGAGCAACGGCAGUAGCAGCAUCAGCUGCGGUGGACAGCGGCCGGGGCAGUAGCAUCAGCAACGGCUCCAUUGGCACGUGCGCUGCUGGGAGCCUUGUGCAGCUGGUGUCCGCACGCUCUACGAGGCUGGGGCCGCACAUUGACAGCCCACCGCCAGCCGCGCGCCCCACGCCCUUUGCGAGCGGCACCAAGCGCAUCAGCUUCGCCUGUGUGCCCGACGCAACAGCCGCCGGCCUCAGCGGCCCCGGCGGCCCCAGCGGCACUGGCAGUAGCGGCAGUUGCGGCGGUAGCAAGGUGACGCGCGCGCCCGCCUCGGUGGCUGUACUUAUGGACCGGGUGAGUGAGGACCAAGUGGCAGCGGUGGUGAAUGCAGGGGUAGCGGCGGCGCUGUCGCCGCGCGCCCGCACUGCGGACCCCCACAGCCACCAUCUUCUGGGCGGCGGCUACGGUCCGCGCGGCGGCGGUGGCAGUGGCGGUGGCAGUGGCGUUGUUGGCGGCGGCGGCGUGCUUCAACCCUCGUGCAGCCCGCGCUUGUCGGCUCGAGGCCGUGACGGCGCAUGCCGUCAAGCUGCAGUGAUGCCGGGGGCGGCUGGGACAGCCUUGGGCAGCCGAGGUGGUGGCGGCACCUGGACACGGCGGUUCUCUCUGGAGUGCCAGCAGCCCACCCUGGCGAUGUCAUCCCUGGCAGGCGGCAGUCCGCCAGGUGAAAACGCCAGCAGCACGGGUGGCGCUGGCCAUGCUAGCGUGCGUGGCCCGUGCGUCCCCGGCAGCAGCUGCAGCGGGGCAACCCAGCAGGGGCAGCACGCCGCAGCGGUGGUGGCACCGCCACAGCAGCUCACAGAUGGCGCCCUGCUGCCGCGCGCCUGCUCGCCCUGCUGUCUGCACAGCACCCCGCGCAGCGUCGUGGGCGGCCGCGCCGCCACGGCCUCGACGGCGGCUGGGAAGCGCGGCGCCGUCGCCGGCGGCAGCCCGCCGCGGCAGGCGGCCAUCCGCCGCGGACCAUCCGGACCAGCGGCCGCCGCCAGCCCGUGCUACGCCCAGUGCGGUGGCGGGCCCCGGCCUGCCACGACGACCUGUUGUAGCUCACUCGCCUCGGACACCGCCGCCGCCGCCGCUACGCCAUUCUCAGCAACGGCGUCCUCCUGCUCCUCGCCGCAGUCGCACCGCGCCUCGCCGCUGCCCUCGGCCUGCUCCUCACCCGUUCCGCCGUCGGCGGCGUUCGCAAUCGCGCGGCGGCGCAGCAUUGACCCCCAGUUGUCAGUUGUUGGGGGGCGGGCCAAUAGCCGCGCGGGAUCUGGAUCCCUUGCGGUAGGGGCCAUCAGCAGCUGUUGCCCGGCAACGGGUUCCACGGCGGCCUGUGGCGGGCUGCUUGAUGCAGCAGCCGGCAGCAGCAGCGGUGGUGAGCCAGCAGGUCCUGCGUCGGUGCCAGCUUUGGCGUGCGCGCGUGGCAGUGGUCAGGCUGACGGUUUGGAGAUGGCUGGCUGCGCUACUGGCAGCGGCAGCUGCACUGGCACUGACAAGGCAGCAGCAGGUAUAGCGGCGGUACCGGUGGCGGCCGCCACACCAGCGCCGCCCGGUGUUGCUGGGCUUGGCUCCCAGAGCGCUCCGCUCCCAAAUGUUGCCUCUUCGCCUCCCGUUGGCGAUGCCUGCCUCCAACACCACCAUCAACAAUUCCAGCACCAGCACCAGCACCCCUGGCCGCCGUCACGGGCAGCGCAGCUGCCGCUGUCCGCGGAAGACGUCGCCGGCAGCCACCACGGCAGCACAACAACCGCCGUGUCAACCGCGGGCAUUCACCCGUACCCUCACUGGCACGGAGGGAGCCAUGUCAUGUUCCCAGAACUCGCCGCGGCGGACACGGCCACGGCCACGGCCAUGGCAGGCCGGGCCACCACCAGCGCUCUGCAGCUCGAGUCGCUACCGUUACCGCGGCUGGCAUCAUGUGGCAGCGGAGGCGGUGGUGAAACUGGUGGCGGGGUGCACGCGGGCGCGGUCACGUGCAGAAUUAGCGAGCUGAGCAGCAGCGGCAGGAGCAUGGGGGAGUAUCAGAGAGCGACCUCCCGCGCGCGGCGCUACAGCGCUCCCUACCCAGAAAGCGUGAGCGGCACAAGCGCAGGCGCCAGCACGCGUAUUUGCCACGGAAGCGUUAACGGCUACAGCAGUAACCUUCCGUCGCAGCUGCAACUGAGCAGCAGGGCAACGGGCACAGCCGAUGUGCACCGAUUCCCAGCGGGCUGGAACGGCUCUGCGGCUGUGGAGCCCGCGCUUGCGUCGGAGCGGGCCUCGCCUGCUGCCGGCGGCGGCGGCAUCCCCCAAGAGCCCCAUCUUCAUUACAGCUACCAGCCGCAGCAGCAGCAACAGCAGCAGCAACAGCAGCGUCGCCGCCCCUCCGACCAUGAUGGCAGCGAUGGGGGCGCGCUACCACCGCCACAGCAGCGCCAUUCGCAGUCGGGAGCGGCGCAGCAGCUGCACGUGCACGUGAUCGGGCCGGUCGCGUCGCCGGCCGCCGCCGCCGCGACCGAGGCGGCAGCGGUCAGCCGCAUGACGCGCGUGAUGAGGGCGGAGUCGCGCAAAGGACCGGCCGACCAAGACUGGACGCUGGAUCCCGAGGCGGUCGCGGCGCACGCGGCCCGAGUGCUGGGCGCCGCCUCAGCCGACCAGGUCCCAGUCGCCGCUGCCGGCACCGCCGCCUUCGGCCGCGGCCACUGCGUGCGGCUGCACGGCCACGCACACGAGCCGACGGCGGCGCCGGCGCCGCGGGUGAGCGGCAGCGGUGAUGCCAGCGGCGGUGGGGCGACGGGUGCCGCCGCUUGCGCGUUUCCAGAGGAGGCGCGACGUCGCUCCUCGCACACUGGCGAAGGCGGCACAGAUGCGGCAGCGGCGGCGCCGUCAGCGGGCGCCGCGCCGCCUGCUGCCGGGCUAGGCAGCCGGCGGGAACUGGGGCUGAACGGCUCUGUAGGCCCGGCGGUGCUCGCAUCUGCACCUGCAGCAAGAGUAGCGGGGCACGGGCACGGAUAUGCUACACUGCCGCACCUGCCGCAGCCGCAGCCGCAGCGCCUACCCUUCCUGCCCGGCGUCUCCCGCCUCCAGAGCAAGCUCACGCCUGGCGGCCCGCAGCAGCAGCCGGCAGCAGGAGGCCUGCCGGCUGCAGCAGUGUCUGGCGGCGGCACCGGCGGCGCCCACGUGCCACCCACAUCGGCGGGUUCCUGGUCCGCCUCUGCAGCCGCCGCCGCCACCACCUGCGCAGCCGCAACUAGAGGUCCAAUCAGUCCUGCAGGAGUCAUGCGGCAGCAGCAGCAGAUGGCCUCAUCCCGCCCGGUUACUUCGGGAGCCCGGCUAAAUGCCACGCCCUCUAAUGCUCAAGGCGUCUCGCCGCCGCCCUCGCCACCGCUAACGGCGAAGUCGUCUGGCAGGUCGCACAAGCGCGCGGGCACAGCUACCGCCGCUGCAGCGGCUACAGCCGCCGGCCACGCAAUGCCCCCUGGAGCCGCUACAGCCGCCGGCCAUGCAGCGUCUUGUCGUGGGUCUGCAGCCCCGUUUGGCACGGGCAGGGAGGGGCCUACUGCUGACUGUGCGAGCUCUGGCCGUGGUGCAGAUGCUGCGGCGCCAGUGGCAGCGGCUGCAACAGCCCAGAGCGUUGAAAUGGAGGAGCGGGCGAGCAUUCUGCUGCGUAUCAAGAAUGCGCUCAGCUUCCUGCACCGUGAUGAGUAAUGUAGUACUCGCGUGGGUCCCGUGCGGACUGUGACAGCGGUGGGUCAGGCCAUGUGGGCACGACUGAUGGUGUGCGUGCCCGCGUGGCCCUCACCACAGUGAUGUUAUCGACGAUGCUUUAACCUAACAAAUUCGCACAAUGCCAGAAGAGGUUGUCGGAGCUCGCAGGCAGCGCAGGAGGAAACCAGUAAUGGGGGAAGUUGAGAAGAGGAAGCAUGAAGGAAAGCGUGGGAUUGCUAUUGGAUGAGAGGUUCCUCCCCGGGCGUAGCCGGGCGGGGUGUUUGAUGGCUUGCAUUAGAAUAACAGAUGAUUGCACGCGAAAUGGCGCCUAUACG